CCGAGAUUCUAGCGCUUCCGUUACACUCCUUAGAAAAAAACUUUUGUAAUUAUUCAAACAUUGGUAGUCUUUUCUUUAAAGGAUGGCUGCAUUAAGUGGCUUCGUUGAAUUUUUCCAGAAAGGAAAGGUAACACGGCGUUUAGAGACGUUCAGACCUAAAAAAAAGUUUGCUUAUGGGACGCUGAGAUACUCCCUCCACAAGCAAGCUCAAGCUUCUCUGAAUUCUGGGAUCAAUCUUAGAUCUGUUGUCAAAUUACCUCCUGGCGAGGAUCUGAAUGACUGGAUCGCUGUGCAUGUGGUGGACUUUUUUAACAGAAUAAAUUUGAUUUAUGGCACUAUUUCUGAGUACUGUGAUUCUGCGUCAUGCCCCACUAUGAGCGGAGGGGCUAGAUUCGAAUACCUAUGGGCAGAUGGUGAUAAGUAUAAAAAACCAACCGCUCUACCUGCCCCGCAAUAUGUUAGUCUUCUUAUGGAGUGGAUCGAGGCACAGAUAAACUGCGAGGCCAUAUUUCCUGUGUCUACAGAUGUGCCAUUUCCAAAGACCUUUAUUCCUCUAUGCCGAAAGAUACUCACCAGAUUAUUCAGGGUUUUUGUCCAUGUUUAUAUUCAUCACUUUGACAGAAUCGUUGCUAUCGGUGCAGAGGCUCACGUCAAUACGUGCUACAAGCAUUUCUACUACUUUGUAACAGAGUUUGAGUUAAUCAAUUCUAAAGAACUUGAGCCACUGGCAGAGAUGACUUCUAAGGUAUGCAAAGACCCUUUGUCGUCACCAACGCACCCUAGUACUCCAGGUACCAAUACAAUUUCCAAUAGAUAAUUUGUCAAGAAUUUGAAUACAAAUUUCGAUCACGGUAUCAUUCUGAUCUGUAUAAAUAGACAAGGGGUUUGCGUUAGUGAGUGCUUUACGACUUAUGCGAAAGAAUAAUAAUCUUGCUGGUAAAUUAUUGUGGAGUAGAAAUCUCGCUGAGAAACAUGAUGCAUUGUUUCUUUACGAUAAUAAGCUGAAGGUUUGUAAUAUUUGUAAUUAAUUUUAUGGCAAUAAUCGAGAGCAUUAUGAGUUUUUUCGUCAUUUUAUAAGGUCUUAUCGACUAUUAUUUAUAAGUAUCCUGUACGCAUAAUGAGCUUGGGCAAUUGUAUUGAAGAUCUAAGUAAUUUAAAGUCGCUUGGCUGUCAAUAGGUGGGCGAUCACAUUGACAGAUGAUCUGCUAUCUUCGGUCAACGGUUAUUAUAAUUCAUUACUGAUUAAUAUGUAUCAUUAUUACUUUGUAUUAACUUAAAUGAUCUAGUCAGUAUUAGAGGAUAAAAAUCUGUAAUCGCAUGGAGACCAUUGUUGCAUUUUUAUAUUUGUCAUUUCAUAAGUGUGUUGGAACAUGAAGCAUAUUUAGGUACUCAUCACGUAUGUAUGAAAUAAAUUUUAAUUAUGCCAUUCAUAAUACGAA